CUCUCAUUGGCUGUUGGUGACCGGGGUCAAACAGCAUUGCGCAUGCUCAGAUGUCCUUUUACGGUUAUAGUCUGAAAUCUGUCAGAUCAGCGGAGCGUAUAUUCUCUUAAUACCUUCUUAUAUUUCACAGAGCUUUCUUCCCCUAGUCUGUGCUAGAGACUUUUAUCUAGCUUGAAGUGUGAUCGGAUUUGGAUUCUAACUUUUCGACGUCUAUAGUCGAAGGAAACAGCAAAGAAUGACGAGCACUUUAAAGCGGAAAGAAGAAAGUCAUCUGCAGAAUGGGGGUGUAAAGCAGCCCACAUGGAGCAAAGCCUUCAACAGUACUGCUGUUUGGGAGGAGAAGGAUGAGUUUUUAGAUGUGAUAUAUUGGCUACGGCAAAUUAUUGCAAUAAUCCUUGGUGUGAUCUGGGGUGUCGCACCGUUGAAAGGAUUCCUGGGAAUAGCGAUAUUCUGCAUCAUCAACGCUGGCGUCCUGUAUGUAUACUUCAGCAGCUUUCAGCAGAUUGAUGAGGAAGUUUAUGGUGGCACGUGGGAACUCACCAAAGAAGGCUUCAUGACAUCGUUUGCUCUGUUUCUGGUGGUGUGGAUAAUCUUUUACACAGCUCUACAUUUUGACUGACAGGAAUCCAUAGGACACUAAAAACAUUUCUGUUGAAAUAAAUUGCCAAGACAGAGGAACCCCAUGGCUUGAGGGGUGUCAAUGCUCCUACAUACUGUAUGACUUUUCAGUGUGCAGUGCAUCAUGGGAAUCCUAGUUUGAUUAACAAGAUCCUGCAAGACCACCUUGAUGAACAUGUUCAAAAAAUAUGUACAUCUCUCUAAUUCGGGGGUUCCUUUUUAAGGCACCCUUCAUUACACUCCCCAUAUGUUUAUAUUUCCUUCCUCACUUCAUCGUCAUCAUCUCUGACAAAACACUAACGAAUAGUUCAGCUGAGAUGUGUUGCAGUUCUAUGCGCGAUGGAUGCGUACCUUGAUGUAAAUCAGAAUAUUAAUUUCUUUAGUAUUUGUUGGUUUACUAUAGGGCCUUUAUUCUGUUUGUGAAGACUGACAUGAAUGCAGAUUUUAGACGAAAGAUAACAACCAGUUGCCGACAAAGUGUCGUCAUAUAGUUAUUAGGGUUCGGUCAGUCCAUGAGUGGGAAGUGUUGCCUUUUUUAAUUUAGGGACAAAACACCUUGUAUGUAGAAAACUACCAGUAAAGGAUUGUUCAUGUGGCUUCACUGUUAACUCACCCCUCUGAAAUGUCACCCUAAAAGGAUAUGUUAGCCUAUUUAGGCAAUUAUAUGCUGGGUUUGACAAAUUAUUAAAAUUACUAAAAUAAUUAGUUAACUAGUGGCAUGGCAGUAAAGCACAUUAUCAUUAAAGUUAGAAGCUACAAUAUGUGUCUGCGUUUUUAAGGGUGGACUAAUCUGUUUCUGAAAUAUUGAGAAGUGACUCAGAGCAUCCAUGUUUUUGUUUUUAUUGCUUUGUUUUUUGCUAACUGGAUUUGAACGUAGCGUUUAUGAAUAAAAUCUGUCAAUUGUUGUUUCUUUUAAAAGGUCUGGUGUCCAACAAAUGUGAGAGGUCGUAGCCAACUGCAGCUGAAAUCUCACUCGUGCAAAUGUUAACAUCAAAACCAGAUGCUGGUUGGUAAGAUACGCAUAUCGGCUGAUAUCCAAUCAUGAUGACCGUAUCUGCCAGUAAUAUCAAUGCGCUGGUACUGAGGUCAGGAAUUAAUAACCGUCUAAGUGAUCUAUACACCCAAGUGAUCUGCUCAAAGCAAAGAGGGAGGAAUCAUGCAUGCCGUUUUCAGAUGCAAAUGUUCACAGAUUUAGGCUCAAAACUGGUCUGUGCACUGAUGUGACUUGCUGUUUGUAUAUCUAGAUAUAGAUAUAUAGUCAUUUAUUAGAAAGGGUAGACCUAAUUGAAAUUGAUUAUUUUAUUCUCACAUGUAGCUUCCAGAUCAAAGUCUUACCUGUUGUUUUGAAAUUAAUUUAAACUUGUCUGUAAAUUAUGUACAAUGUCUCUUUUGUCAAAUCCACCUUGUAUUAAAAAGAUUUAUUUGUACUUAUGUUAUAUCUUGUUUGAUGUAACAUAUUUCUCAGUAUUUUAUAGUGAAGAACUUUUAAAAACAGUUCUUGCAAAAUUAUUGUAAUGAUACUGUUAUAUUAGAUAAAGCAGCUGGUGUUUGAAAGGAUUGUAUUUUCUGAUCAAAUCUUUUGGGAUUCAUUAAACAUGGGCUUUAUUUGGCCUCCAUUUUCAAAGA